AUGGAUGCCGAAAACGCGGUCCAGGAAAACUACGACAAGAAUGCUGACGCCUAUGGACAGUUUCUUGCUACACCGCUUGGCACCCUCGAAAAACAGCUAUUCGAUUUGUCAAUCAAGGACUGCGAUGGUCUGAGGGUCCUGGAUCUCGGUGGAGGAACCGGGCUGAGGGCUCGCGACGCUCUCAACGCUGGCGCUCGGCAGGUUGAUGUGGUCGACAUUUCGCACGAAAUGAUGCGCGUUGGCCAAGAGUACGAAAAAUCGAUUGCGCGCGAUUGCAUUACCUGGUAUCAUGGUGAUGUGUCGAAGCCCCUUGAUCACCUGCCUCUAAGCCUCUACGACCUGGUCAUUGCCAAUGGCGUCUUUGACCACGCAUCCAAUGCCGAUGAGCUCGAGGCAAUGUGGCGCAACGCAGCGGCCUAUCUCAAGCCAGGAGGUCGUGUAAUUGCGAAUCGGAAUAACCCAUUGUCCCAAUCGGCAGCUCAUGGGAAAUAUGGUGUCACUUUCACCGACUUUCAACACUUCGCUGGAGGCUUGUCCUUUCGGUACCGUAUGACGACCGAUCCGCCACUUGAGUUCGAGUCGCUUGCGCUGGAAGUUUAUUACUCGGGGUCGUUGGAGAUACCAGGGAAGUUCUUCGAGGACUUCCAAAACGUACCCUGGGACGAAACACCAGUCGUGAAGGCCGAUCUCGAGUUUUGGGAGUUGUACCUGGCUGACCCAAUCUUGUAUAUUUUUACGGCGAGGAAGCCUGACUGUUAG